ACCCUGUGGGUAUGGACGAGGCGACACUGGCGGACUAUGUAGAGCAGUUGGCGAGCUCAUUGGACUGGGCAACAGAGGAGGAUAAUAAUCAAGGCAAUGCAGCUCGACAAGCGAUGCGAGCGGUCCUCCACGGUUUGGGCGGCCUUCAGAGGGACUCGGACUAUCAUCUCAAAACCGUCAUCGGCCAGGAGCUCGCGGAGUACCCUUCCUUUAUUGUUAACACUGUCAAGUUGGCGAUGCUCUCGUCCAAGAGGAUCGCUGUUGUGCUCGACAGUGGAAGAGGCGCCGCUGAUGCCGUAGCGCAUAUUCUCAAGCUCCUUCGGGAGAUAGCGGAUGUAUACCGAGGGGAGUUGGGACCUAACAACGGCUUCACAGCGGGUGGCAGCAGCAGUAUGGCCUCGCCGAGUGAUUCGGACAUCAGCAGCUCUGCGGAGGUGGAUGAGAAGGACGAUAACAUGCAUCGAAUAGCGAUCCUGUUGCCGGUAUUACAAGAAGUAGCAGCGUUUACCAGGAAGUUCACAAAGUAUCUCGACUCUCACCAUAGGGUGUCUGGUAGUAGCGAGGAGUCUGAUGCUGAUGAUGGUCCGAUGGGGAGUAGCGGAGGAGGCGGCGGCUCGCAUUACCAUCGCUAUCAACAGAGGGCUUUGGAUGCUCUACGAGAAGAAUUCAUACGAAUACGUCGAGACACUCGUUAUGACAAAGCCCUCAUGCCUGGUCUGUUUGUAGUGUUGGUAGAGAUCAUGCAGAUAUGUACUGCCAUGGAGCAACCCGCAGCUUUGGAGCCCAUCUUGAGGAACGUCGAUGAGAGGUACCUGAGCCUCUGCCCGAACUCCAUACGAGUGAAGACUCAGUACUUCUGGGCCCGGCAUAGACUCUUCCAGUCUCGUCUGCCUGAUGCUGAGCAUCGACUCGACGACGCCCUGAAAUACUGUCCGGACGGUCACAUCCAUGCCAAACAGCGUAUACUGAACCUUCUUAUACCCUGCAAGGUGAGGAAGGGGAUAUUGCCGUCGAAGGAGCUGCUCGAGAGGAACCAGCUUACGGCACGGUGGGCACCGUUGUUGAGGGCCAUCAGGCAGGGCAACCUUGCAGAAUACGAACGUUGUCGGACGGAGGCUCUCAGCCUCGAUGACGAUGCCGGCACUGGACGGCAGAUAUUACCAUUCUUCCUCGAUGGCAUGCUUGUAUGGUGCGUUUACAGGAAUCUACUGGAGCGUACUAUGACGAUAUACGGCUCGAAUCAAGUGCCUGUAUCGGUGCUCACAGCGGCCUUGAGAGUGAGUGAAGAUGAUGAGGAUGGUCACGUCUGUGAUACCUAUGCUGAAGGCAUUGUAGCGCGGCUCCUGCUCUAUGGUUAUUGCAAGGGCUACAUCUCAUAUGAGCUAAGGACUCUGGUCCUCGCUACUCGUAAUGCAUUUCCGAAGCCCCCAUGGGAGCAGCUCAGAGAGUUAUGAUUGCCUCCA